UCUUGUAUUCCCCAAAUCCAAGCUGAAGGUGAAGGUCCUCUGUGGUCCCGUUAACAGUCCGGGCAGCCGCUUACCUUCUCCUCUACAUUCCUCCGCAUCAAAAUCAUGUCUGUAUUCAGCGAGGUACCGCAAGCAGCUCCUGUCGCUGUCUUCAAACUAACUCAGGAUUUCAAUAACGAUCAACAUCCACAAAAGGUGAACCUCGGAGUUGGGGCCUACAGGACAGAUGAGGGCCGGCCGUGGGUUCUGCCCGUGGUGAAGAAGGUGGAAAAGCUCAUUGUGCAUGAUGACAGGCUGAACCACGAAUACCUGCCCAUCCUGGGACUGCCUGAGUUCAGAUCCUCAGCAUCCAAGAUCGCGCUGGGAGAUGACAGCCCUGCUAUAAAGGAGGAGAGGGUGGGAGCAGUCCAGUGUCUGGGGGGUACAGGUGCUCUGAAAAUUGGCGCAGAAUUCCUCAGGCGUUUUUACAAUGGAAACAACAACACCAAGACACCUGUCUAUGUGUCAGCGCCCACCUGGGAAAAUCACAAUGCUGUGUUUGCCAAUGCGGGCUUUGAGGAUGUCCGUCCAUACAAGUACUGGGACGCAGAGAAGAGGGGUCUGGAUUUGAAUGGUUUCCUUGGUGACCUGGAGAGUUGUCCAGCGCACUCUAUCUUUGUCCUGCAUGCUUGUGCCCACAAUCCAACUGGCACAGACCCCACCCAGGAGCAAUGGAAGAAGAUUGCUGAAGUUAUGAUGAGGAGGAAGCUGUUCGUGUUCUUUGACUCAGCCUACCAGGGGUUUGCCUCAGGCAGUCUGGAAAAGGAUGCCUGGGCUGUCCGCUACUUUGUCUCCAUGGGCUUCGAGAUGUUUUGCGCCCAGUCAUUCUCGAAGAACUUUGGCCUCUACAAUGAGCGUGUGGGUAAUCUUACUAUUGUGGCUCGUGAUGGAGACAACCUGAAGCGGAUCCUGUCCCAGAUGGAGAAGAUAGUCCGGACCACCUGGUCCAACCCACCAUCUCAGGGAGCUCGCGUGGUGGCCAUCACUCUCAACACACCGGAACUCUUCUCUGAAUGGAAGGACAACGUGAAGACCAUGGCUGACCGGGUCCUGUUGAUGAGGGCUCAGCUGAAGGCUAAGCUCCAGGCUCUGGGGACACCCGGGACCUGGGACCAUAUCACACAGCAGAUCGGCAUGUUCAGCUUCACUGGCCUCAACUCCCAACAAGUGGAAUAUAUGGUGAAGGAGAAACACAUCUACUUAAUGGCCAGUGGUCGCAUCAACAUGUGUGGUUUAACCACCAAGAACAUCGAUUAUGUGGCUGAGUCCAUCCAUGAGGCUGUCACCAAGGUCCAGUAGAGGACUGCACUACCCAUGAUUCCUCAGCACUUCUGCUGACCUGCCCAGGGACAGUGUGUGUAUCCAGGAAAAUCCUUGGAUCACGCACCCUCCCUCAACCCACCCCAAACUUACCACAUAAUACACUACGUGGCUCAGUGGUAUUCCUGCGCACAGUAGAAAUCCAUUCUCUUUUAUCCUGCAAAGUAAUACACAAAGCAGCGUAACGGUUUUAAGUGAUCAUGUUUAUAAUUUGUCUCUAUAUGUUUUCUCCCUGUGUGUCUCCUUCUUGCAGGGGAGUGUGACAUAACUGAUUUAGUUCCUGUAGUGCACUUUGUUUAAAUCCUCUGUUGUGUGUCAUUUCCAGGCCAUGUGAGGCUCAGCAUGUUUUUUUCACACUGAAUUAGUGCAAGCAUCUGUGACUGUAUUGAGAUUACCACCAGCAGUGCUGGUGCAGUGAUCUUUCACUUUUCAAACAUGUUUAUUAUCAUCCUGUGACUACCAUUAUGAUUCAUUCCCAAUGUUAAAAGCUCAUUUCUCAGUUGUGUUACUUUAGCUUAAAUUAAUAACUAUAUAACUGGGAACACUUUAAAAACAAAAUUAACAUUGAAUGUGACCAAGUUAACUGUACUUUGCUUUAUGAAGUUCAGUUCAGUUAUUCCAGGAAAAAAAAGCUGUUUACUUCUGCUGACUUGAAGAGACCAACAUGAAUGAAGUAUUAUAGCCAUUGUUUGUUGCAAUGUGAAAGGUGUCCAGAGUUCUGAAAAUAUUUUUGAACUUGAAUCAUGUAAUUUAUUAAUGACAAUGAUUUGAGGCUAAGGGGGAAGUGAAAGUUGUUAUACUGAAUACCUCAAUUUUAAUCUGUAUUUGUGGUGUGUGUCUUUGAGACGUUGCUCUGUAGUAGCAUUUUGCAGACUCCGUGUUUCAGGUUGAGUUCAGUAAGCACACGUGGUAGAAAACUGCCAGCAGAAGUUGUGACUCUUGAGUAAUCUCACUUGAGCAUACGGAGUGUUUUCUGCUGUCGCUGCACACUGACUGUCCUCAGGCUUCUGUUGUGGCAAUGUUUCUGUCAAUCACCUGCCAAGUGAAUGUUCAGUUUGCAUAGCAGUUGUCUGUCAGUAGCACUAUUGCACUAUUAUGAACACUGCCCAUCUCAGUGGUAGAAAACACACUAAUGAUCAACCAGUUUAUUGUCUUUAUCAGGUUGCACAAUAAUCCAGUAGACCAGUUAUACUCUGUAACAAGCUGAAUUUAAAUGUGAAAUGUUCUGACACAUGGCAGUCUAAUGUAAUGAAUGAACCUCACAAUAAUAAAUACAUAGUAAUUAUA